AUGAACACGAUUGGAAAAACUGAUGGCCAAAGCGCCUUACCUAUUACUCCAUUCGUGCCGAAAAUCAAAGAACGUGUACGAAACAACCAAGUUACAAUUUUGGUUGGCGAAACCGGGUCUGGAAAGUCUACAGUCAUCCCACAAGCUCUUGCUGAAGAUGCAAGGCGUUGUCGGCAAGCCUAUGAAAAUGGUCCAGUGGCUGGGUAUAGAGUCAUGAAUGAUAAGAGGGAUGAGCAUAGUGAUGACGUUUACUCUACCACCGGUUAUCUCAUUGAAUGGUUGUCCCACAAUGAAGACGUAUUGGACUCGGUCUCACAUAUAAUCCUCGACGAAUCUCACGAAAGGAGCAUUGAUAUGGACUUGCUCUCACUUCUCAUCAAACGAUACAUGCUACGAAAAGGUCCCGAUCAUCACAUCCGACUCGUUAUUAUGUCCGCAACUCUAGAUAUCGCUCUCUAUAGAACCUUCUUCACCUUGAUGGGUGUCGUACCCUUACCGCACAUAUUCGUCGCUGAUUGCCAUGGCAUCUGCGCCUGCACAAAUAAAAAUGCCCUUCCCGAAGCCUUCGUCCAUGGCAGCUACAUGGUCGAAAGUGAUUUCAAAACCAUUAAUGCUGCGCGGGCAGCGCUUGCCAGCACCCUGCUUACUGGAAAUGGUCUCAUCACUGGUAGUCUCAGGCCAUACUUCUCUACGAAUAUUGAUCUUCUUGCUCUGAAUAUAAAGUCACGAGAUCCAAAGGAUAUAAAGUCUAUUAUAAAUGCUGGUGGUGUCAAUGGUCAGUCCUCUGGUGGUAUGCUUGCACCCUUGGAAUGGCCUAAAUGGUUGCACCCAAAGUAUUGA